UCCUCUGCAAUCAUUUCCCCCCUCACUCCAGCUCCUCCAAGACUCACUUUCUCUCUUUCGUCUUCUUAAACCCCAACCUUGAUAUCAUCAUGUCUGACGUCCAAAUGGCCAUGACGCUCCUCAUCACCGCCUUUAAUAAAUACUCUGGCAAGGAGGGGGACGGUCUCACCCUAAGUAAGGCAGAGCUAAAAGAUCUGCUGGAGAAUGAACUUGGAGAGCUGUUGGGGAAAGCCAAUGACAAGGCAGCAUUAGAUCGCAUCUUCAAGGACCUGGACGUGAACAAGGACAACAGUGUGGACUUCAAGGAGUUUGUCACCCUGGUGUGCUGCCUCACCCAGAUGUGCCAUGAAUACUUUGUCAGCAAGACCAAGAAAUAGGGAUCCAAGCGCCACCUUUGGGCCAACACAGAGAGCUGUUGUUGUUCUGGUGAAGGAAUAAAUAUUUAAUACUGCAUGAAGGCACAAACAAAAAAUAUAUAUAUUGUGAUGCAAAAUGAAAUAAAAGUCUUUUUUCUUCA